CCAGUCCUUAAGUUAUUUUGGUUAAAAGAAAAAGAAAAAAUACAUAAUUACACAAGGACGUGUCUUAAUUAAGAGUCGUCCUUCACCGUUUCGUCUCUUCUCUCUCUCUCUCCGUGGCUCUCGUCUCCAUCCUCUCCUCUCCAUCCUCUCUUCAAUCCAAAGGUGAGCAAGCAUGUCUACCUCAUGAUAAGGAUGGAGGAGCUGCCAAAUCAGUGGUCAGGUUGAUACUCAGCUACAAAUUAGUGGAACAAUGUUGCAGCCAACUAUAUCAGGAAAUAUUAAAUUAAGCCAUGGGGAAGCUUAUCUACCUCAUGAUAAGGGUGGAGGAGCUGCCCCUCUCAACAGAUUGGCAGCCAAUCAAUCAAGGAUUCCAGGUGCUUCUAUUAAUCAAGCAGUUGCUUCACGAUAUUUUGCUCGAUUUUUUGGUACAGAACCUGCUUCGUCAAGGAUGAAGUUCUCCCAGACAACUGGUGAAUCAAAUGCUGUUGAAGGAGAUUGAAGAAGUGAGGAUGAAACCAAAUAUGGAUAUCCGUCUGAGUGAUCUGAAACUUGUUUUGGGACCAGAGUUGAGGGUAGUGUAUCCUUUAAUCCUUAAUUUUGCUAUUAGUGGUGAGCUUGAGCUUGAUGGCAUGGCUCAUCCCAAAUAUCUAAAACCAAAGGGUUUCCUCACAUUCGAGAAUGGAGAUGUUAAUCUUGUGGCUACUCAUAUACGCCUGAAAAGGGAGCACCUCAAUGUUGCAAAGUUUGAGCCUGAACAUGGACUAGAUCCUCUGUUAGAUUUAGCUUUAGUUGGUUCAGAAUGGCAAUUCAGGAUCCAGAGUCGCGCCAGUAAUUGGCAGGACAAACUUGUGGUGACUUCAACUCGUUCUGUGGAACAGGAUGCCCUCUCACCGUCCGAGGUAAAUUUUGAAGUCAAAACCGUAGCUGAAAGUUUUGAUUUGAAUCCUCCGUUUUGCAAAAUCACUUGUUUCACAGGCUGCAAAGUUUGUCUUUGUCUUUGUUUAGUUCAGUUGUACAAUAUAUUUUAUUAA